GCGGGGGGCGACUCGCUAUUCUCUUUCGGGGACUAUCACCUUAGUAUUUGUGGGUGCACGCACGCAUAUCGGCGCGGCGUGACCACAAAGCCACCGGCACCAACGUCUGUAUGGAUGCGGGAGGACUCCCAGUAUUUCCGGGUGCUAAUCAGGCCAAUCACCUGAACAGUCUUCACCUGCAGCAGCAGCAACAGCAGCAGCAGCAAGCGCAACACCACCAACUGACGCUGCAGCAGCAGCAGCAGAUGCAACUGCUGAGCAACCACAACCUUCACCAACAGCAGCAACAACAUCCGCAGCAGCUUCUGCAGCAGCAUCAACUUCAGCAGCAACAUCAGCAGCAACCGUUGCAACAGCUUGCCCAGGGCGGUGAGGUUCCCCAGAAACGGCAGGCGGUAUUCGACAGGCUGAAGCGACGUAUCGAAACCUACCGGCGGCGGCAAACCGACUGCACGCCUCGGUUCGAGCAGACCUACAGUGGGAUCUGUGAGCAACAGAGCCUCGAAACGACCGCUCUGCAGAAGAAGUAUCUCGAGCAAAAAAAUAAACGAUCGCUGAAGAAGACGGAAAAGAAGCAGGCUGAGCAGCAGCAGCAGCAACAGACCCUUUCCGGCAAUCUGCAAAGCAGUGUGCAUGUGCAACAAAAAUUCCUUAAGCGGCCUGCUGACGACAUCGAUUCCGCCUCCGAUUCCUAUGAGCCGCCGGUGAAGCUACAACAUAACGGAUCAGAGAAUCUUACCAAAUUCUCGGUCGAGAUCGUUCAACAGCUGGAGUUCACGACAUCCGCCGCCAACUCACAACCUCAGCAGAUUAGUACAAACGUGACGGUUAAGGCACUGACCAAUGCGUCCGUCAAAAGCGAAGGAUCCUCGGCGAAUGGUGGUCCAGGCGGUGGACUUGGUGGAACCGGAGGUGGUAAUGGAAUGUCUGGCCAGCAGCAGCAGCAACAACAACAAGCCACCAACAAUCCCACACCGUCCCCGCACAUGCACGAUCUUGGCAAUAUCGUCGAUUUCAAGCAGGAGCCGGAGAACGAGUUUGCGGACCUUUCGGCAGCGUUGGAAAAGGACGCGGCGGCCAAUGGACACUUUCCGGGCCUGUCGGACUUCAUUGGGGACGAUACGAACGAUGAAAACGACACCUUCAAGGAUCUCAUAUCGGAUCUCUCGGACUUUCAGUCCGAUUUUCUCGACUUCGAGGAAAAACCCCAACCACCGAUGCAGCCACAAGGACAGCAACAGCAGCCAUCAUCACACCAGCAACAGUCACAGAUGCAGCCACAGCAGCAACAACACCACCAACACCAACAACACCAGCAGCUUAUGCAGUCGCAACAGCAUAUGCAGCAGCAACACCAUCAACAGCAACCAUCCCAUCAUCAGCUGCAACAUCAGCAAAUGCAUCAUCAGCACACUCAGCAGCAGCAACAGCAAUCUCAACAACAUCAAGCCCAUCCGGCUGCGGGUGGGCAACAAAUGUUGUCAGCCCUUCAACAGCAGCAGCAACACCUUCGGACGCAUCCCCAACACCUGCAACAGCAUCUCCAACAACAGCUACAGCACCAUCAGCAGAUCGAGGUAAAGCAAGAGAAUUGCAUCAAACAGGAACAUCCCAGCCCGGGGCUGCUGGACAAUAUGGGUAUCAAGCGGGGCGGACCAUUAACUGCGCAGCAACAGCAGCAGCAACAGCAACAGCAACAGUAUUCGAAUGCAUUUGGGGACGGCAUAAGUGGGCCCGGCAAUGGUGCGGGCACUGGACCAAUGGCAAAGCAGCGGCCCGGUUCCGGCUACGGCAAUACUCAAAACGGACCCAUGUCCGAACUGUCGCCUGCAGCUCAAACACUUAAACAUAUGGCCGAGCAGCACCAGCACAAGAACGCUAUGAAUAUGGGCUUCCCGCGCACUGGACCGCAAGGGCCACAAGGUCAACAGAGGCCACCCUUCUCGGAGUUUGGUCAGUUUCCGGGUAACGAUUUUAUAAACUCCCCAGUCGGUGGAACAGGUGGUCCGGUAGGUGGUAAUGGUACGGUCGGAACGGGUUCGCUACCGCUUAGUGGCGGUGCACCAGUAACCGGUACCGGUGGUGGUGCCGGCGGUCCAGGCAAUGGCCCUGUAACUGGCGGCCAGUUUCACAAGGCGAAUGUACCACCAUUCCCUGGCGCAGACUUGAUAAAACAGGAACUGUUUGCAUCGCAGAACGAUUUCGAUCUCAAACCCGCGCUAAACCGUUUGCAGUCUUCGAUGGGUCCGAACGGUCCUAAGAUAGGUCCGGUGCCUGGUGGGUUCGUCAAAACACCCAACCAACAGCAACCGGCUGCCCAACAGCAGCAGCAGCAGCAACAACAACAACAACAACAACAGCAACAAGCCCAGCAGCAACAAUAUUCUCCAUAUGGCUCGCCGGGAGGCAUACCGAAUCAUAGCGGAAGUCCUGGGCCAGGGUUUAUGCCUGGUCCGAGAGGAGCUGGCUCUGGACCUGGCAUCGGACCUAACCAAGGUCCAGCAGGAGGUCCCAACGUGGCUGGACCAGGUGGUCCUGGAGGUCCUGGUGGUGGAGGAGGCGGUGGAGGCGGAGGUGGUGGUGGUGGUGGAGGCGGUGGCGCAGGAAAUAAUAAUACGGGUGGUUCUGGCGGCAACGGUGCCACUAACAAUGGUAUGCCUCCUCGCGGCGGCGGUCCCCCUAAUGGAGGAUCGAUGCCUGGAGGACAAAACUCAACAAUGCUUCAGAUGAAACAAACGCAACAGUUGCACAUCAGUCAGCAGGGUCCGGGGGGUCAUGGUAUUCAGGUAAGCACCAACUGCGAAACUACUAUUGCUCGUCAGUCGAAAAGGAACAACAAAACUGUUCACACGGUUUCAGCUGGUCAGCAUCUCCAUCUUAGUGGCGAUCUGAAGUCGGGUGUAUCUGUUGCAGCACAACAAGGCGUUUUCUUUAGUCAACAACAAACUGCACAGCAGCAACAGCAACAGCAACAACAACAACAGCAGCAGCAGCAACAUCAACAGCAAUCGCAUGCCCAGCAUCAACAACAUCAUCAACAUCCACAACAUCAACAGCAUCAGCAGCAUACACAACAUCAGCAACACCAACCCCACCAACAGCACCAGCAACAUGGGCAACAUCCUCAACACCAACAACAUCACCCGCAGCAACAUCAACAACAUCCGCAGCAGCAUCCGCAUCAACAGCACCAGCAACAGCAUCAUGCACCGCAAGCCGGACCAAAGCAGCAAGCACAACAGCAGCAGAGCAAACCAUCUGGCCCCGGCAUGGGCAGCUUACCCGGGGGAAUGGUCGGCGGACAGGGAGGUGUCGGUAAUAACGGCGGACAGCAGCCGACAAUGCCAAACGGUUCCGGACAGGGCACCAAUGCGGGCAACGUUGGUGGAAACGGUCCUACCUUGGGAGGUGGCCACAGUUCCAACCAAAACCAUUCUCAAAAUCAAGUUCCCAAUUCUCAAGGAUCAUCCAUUGUUAGCGAGGCGCAAUAUACUGUUUCACAAUCGCAAACAAUCAACUUUACGCAGCAAACGUUACGAGCCAGGCAGCAACACCAGGUUAAUGCGAAUGUGGGCAUGUCGAACGGGGGUGGCGCUGGUGGAGGUCCCCAGCAUCAGCAGCAACAGCAGCCCGGAACCGGUAUGGGAGGACCAACGCAAAACCCACCUCAGCAGCAACAGCAGCAACCACAUUCGGGCGGACCACAAAGCGGUCCAGGAGGAGCUCCCGGGCAAGGUAGCGGAACGGUUCCCCCCGGCAUGGUUGGUGGUAUGGUCGGUCCUGGAGGCAUGGGUCCGGGUAAUCCGGGCGUCGUUGGAAUGGGACCGAACGCAAACGUUCCCAUGGGCAUGGGUGGGAUGGGUGGUGUUCCAAACGGUGGUGGCGCCAGUGGCAUUAGCGGCUUAAACUCGAUGGUAUCCAACUCGAUGGCCCCGGGUCCUGGCAGUGCUACGGCAGGUGGUGUGAACGGUGCAAUGGGAGGAAACAGUGGCGGAAUGAUGCAUGGCGCAAUGGGUGGUCCCGGUACGGGGACAGGCGGUCCCGGUAGUGGUGGUGGUGGCCCGGCAGGAGCAAUGCGACAUGCGGAACAGAUGAAGUUCUUACAACAACAGCAGCAGCAGCAGCAAAUGAUACGAGCCCAAGCGAUGCAGCAGCAGAUGGUGGCCGGAGCGCGACCACCGCCACCCGACUAUAAAGCAACGCAGCAAGCGAAUCCAGCAGCAGCAGCAGCAGCGGCAGCAAUGAUGCAACAGCAACAGGCACAACAGCAGCAGAUGCUGCACGCUGGCGGUCGUUUUCCGGCCAUGCGAAGAAUCACACAGCAACCGAUUCCACCGAGUGGACCGAUGAUGAGAGCCCAACAUGCGGCGUACAUGCAACAGCAGCAGCAGAUGGCUGCUGGCCAUGGUGGUCCGCGUGGUGCCGCUGGUGGAAUGGUCGGUGGUUUUGGUGCAAGUGGUGGAGUUGUACCUGGAGGACCGGGCGUUACCGGUGGUGGAAGUGGUGGUGCUGGAACGGGCGCCGGUCCUGUGAUGUCGGGACCGGUCGUACAGCGUCCGCCGAAUGUGCAGGUUGGACCGGAAGGCAUGCCGAUAGGUUCACAGCAAGCAGAGUGGCGUCAUAUGAUGGCUAUGCAGCAGCAGCAGCAAGUCAAUUUCGGUGGCACUAGUGGUGGAAGCAUGCGGCCUGGUUUUGGCGGUCCUGGCGGUGGUCCGAACGGUGGUCCAGGGCCGGUAACACGGAUAGAUUCUUCCGUUGGUCCUGGUGGCCCCAACGGUCCCGUUGGUGCUGGUGGGCCAAUUUCCGGUGGUGCUGGAGGUGGUGGAGCCGGUGGUGGCAAUGCAACAGUUCCUGGAAUGGGACCCAAUGGGCCCAACAAUGGUCCCGGUGGGCCGGCCGGCGCUAACAACAUGACGGCGAUGCAAAUGCAAAUGAUGCGUCAGCAAAAUCUUUCCAUGUACCAAGGACAAGCCAACAACAAUGGCGGUGGCCCGAUGAGCCAAAUGCAAAUGCUUCAGCACCAACAACUUCAGCAGCAGCAGCAGCAGCAAAAUAUGAUGAACCAAAUGCAGAUGAGCCAGAUCCAUAUGUCUCAAACGCAAACCAUGUCAAUACAACAGCAACAGCAACAAAAUCAACAAUCUGUGAUGAAUACCUUUACAACGCAAUCGACGCAACAGUCCACCACAACGACAAUGAUUAGCGGAGGUGGCGCCAGUACGGGCAAUUCAAUCGGUGGUCCGGGCAACAUGCUCACCGGUCCAGGAUCAGUUGCGACCGGUCCGAACAGCAAUAGCGGGAACAAUAGCAACAACGCGGGCAGCAACAACAAUAUGAACAACAACGGUCCCGGUAGCAACACCGGUAACAACAAUGGCAGCAGCAGCAGCAACAACAACAAUAAUAAUUCCUCCGAGUUCCUAGCAUUCCUGGAGAAUUUACCCGUCGGUGAUCCGAACCAGUUCAAUGCCCAGGAUCUACUCAACUCGCUCGACAAUGACAGCUUCAAUCUUCAGGACAUUCUGUAA